GAUUUUUCUAUCUGAUUGAAAACGUAUUGUUUUUCUGAAAAUCCAUUAUUACAAAUAAAAAACAAUAAUCAUUUUAAAAAUUAAUUUCCAGACGUAAUACUGUAAUACAUGUACGGAAAAUAAAGAAAAUAAUAAUAAGUAGGCGAGCAGGAGGCGGAAAACUGAACCAAAUCUUUUCACCAAACAAACUCUUUCUUUGAUUUGUAUUCGAUUUUUAGGGCUUGUAUUCUUUGUUUUGAAGAAGAUUUUUAGGGCUUUGUAUUCUUUCAAGUUUCAAAUCGUAUAAAUGGAUCCAUCAAAUCACCCUUCCGACACCGAAAUGUCCGAGGCGGCUGCGGCCCCUCCUCCGUCGCAGCAGCCCUUGACCGGAAUCGACAACAUCCCGGCGACCCUCAGCCAUGGCGGUCGUUUCAUCCAGUAUAACAUCUUUGGCAACAUCUUCGAAGUUACUGCCAAGUAUAAACCCCCAAUCAUGCCCAUCGGCAAAGGCGCUUACGGCAUAGUCUGUUCGGCUUUAAAUUCGGAGACGAAUGAGCAUGUUGCGAUUAAGAAGAUUGCCAACGCCUUCGAUAAUAAGAUCGAUGCGAAGAGGACACUGCGAGAAAUCAAGCUUCUCCGUCAUAUGGAUCAUGAAAACGUUGUUGCAAUUAGAGAUAUAAUCCCACCUCCAGAGAGAACAUCCUUCAAUGAUGUCUACAUUGCUUAUGAACUCAUGGACACUGAUCUCCACCAAAUAAUCCGUUCUAACCAAUCUUUAUCAGAGGAACAUUGCCAGUAUUUUCUGUAUCAAAUCCUUCGUGGGUUGAAGUACAUACACUCUGCAAAUGUGUUACACAGGGAUUUAAAGCCAAGCAAUCUUUUAUUGAAUGCAAAUUGUGAUUUAAAAAUAUGUGAUUUUGGAUUAGCACGUGUCACAUCUGAAACCGAUUUCAUGACAGAAUAUGUUGUGACAAGAUGGAAGCCAUUGUUUCCUGGUAGAGAUCAUGUUCAUCAGCUUCGGUUGCUAAUGGAGCUUAUUGGAACACCAUCAGAAGCUGAAUUAGGGUUUCUAAAUGAAAAUGCAAAAAGAUACAUUCGACAAUUGUCUCAUUAUCAAAGACAAUCGUUCAAUGAAAAGUUUCCUCAAGUUCAUCCUGCAGCCAUUGACCUUAUUGAAAAGAUGUUGACUUUUGAUCCCAGACAAAGAAUUACAGUUGAAGAUGCAUUGGCGCAUCCUUAUCUGACAUCACUGCAUGACAUCAGCGAUGAGCCAGUUUGCUUGACGCCUUUCAACUUUGACUUUGAGCAUCAUGCACCCACCGAGGAACAAAUGAAGGAGAUGAUUUACAGGGAAGCUCUUGCCUUUAAUCCAGAAUACCAACAGAUGCUGUGAUGACAGAGGAAUUGAAACCAACGGAAUGGAAUCACCGAUUCCGGUUGGUUGGUACUUGGUACUUGUUUGUUUGUUGUGUGGUUUUUUUACCCUUUUUCGUUUUUAUUAGUAGUGUGUUGUUAAUGGUAAAAUGGUAAAAUUGUGUUUUGUUAAAUGAUUUCAUAAUUGUGUUUGUUUGUUUGAUUGUUUGUUUGUUGUAUAUAAAAAAAAAAUGGGAAGUUGGAUCGGUUGGUUAGGGCCAUAAUUUGGCUGCCAAAAUAACAUUUAGAUCUUGUGUCUUUUGUUGUUGUUUUAUUAUCAAUAUUAUUUAAACAGUUAGACUUUUUUUUUUCUUUGAAGCUGAAU